AUGAUGGAAUGAACUUGGAAGGUAGUGGAAUCUUCUCCUUUUGAAGUAUUUUUCAAAGUUCUUUAUAUAUUCCUGCAUGGUGGAAGGUUUGACUAGAUGGGCCUUGGGGUCCCAGGCACCCUGUUUCUUUGAUCAUACAACCCCCUGCCAGCAACAAUAACUUUGCCAUUUACUGUAAACUUCAACACUAUGGUUAGAUAGAUAGAUACAUGAAAGUGCCAUUGAGUAAAUGUGUGCUUCAUUUGACUAAUUGAAGCUUUCCAGGGAUGCUGCCAAGAGUUUGUCUACAAGAAUAUUCAAAAUAAUGUAUAAUGUAAUAGGGUGCUGAGGAAAUAAUCCUGCAUUGGAACUUGGAUGGCCACUAUUGGCAGCAUCUCUAGCACUCAUUCUUUGGCAAUUUUUCCACUUUGCUUCUUUCCUGUUCUCCUGGCAAAGGUCAAUCUCCUGCAUAUCUCCUCUCAAGCCCUUAUUUCUCAUACUUCCCGUUCUGGGAUCGUUGGCCUUGGACGGAAACAACCCUGCCCUAGCCAGAAGAAAGACAUUUUAUCACCUUUUAAUUUACUGGCUGUCUCGAUGCCAGGACAACAGUUAGACUUGUUAGAGCAUAGACAUGACUGCUGUGUCACCAACAUGAACAGAAUGGGGGUCUCUGGUUACACAUCCUUCCACCUGUCCCCCAGGCGAGCUGUUAGCCUGAGCAGUCAAACCACGUCUGCUUCCCCCCUUAUUUUGAGCCUGCAACAGGGAGGCGGAAAGGGGGGAGGCACCGCCCCCCACAAUGACCAAAUUCCAUAUGUGCAGACGUUGGAUAUGAGUAGAAACAGCCCUCCAAAAAAGACGUUACAGUACAAGCAGACAUUGCUCUAUGGCCAGUACACGGAGCAGCUCCCCAGUUUUUCUCCAAAGGAAGCCACUGAACUCCUGAGUGAGAAGACACCCCAACGCAAUGGCCAAGGGCCCCUGAAGCGGAGCAGUCAGGCCGAAAUCAAAGAAGAACGCUACUCCAAAUGCCAUGCCUGUGCUAAAAGCAUCCAGAAAUAUUUAACCAAAAAGCUAGGGGAAGACUGGAUAUUCUUAGUUCUCCUGGGGCUUGUUAUGGCACUGGUGAGCUGGGGAGUGGAUUAUGCCAGUGCAAAGAGUUUGCAAGCUUACAAAUGGAUGUACCGAGAACUUCACCCAAGCAUCCCUAUGCAGUUCCUGGCCUGGGUCACAUACCCCCUCAUUCUCAUCCUCUUUGCUGCACUUUUCUGCCAGCUCGUUUCUCCGCAGGCUGUGGGCUCUGGAAUCCCUGAGCUGAAAACAAUCAUGAGAGGAGUCGUACUCAAGGAAUAUCUCACACCUAAAGCAUUUUUGGCCAAGGUUGUCAGCCUCACUGCUGGCCUAGGAAGCGGGAUACCAGUUGGGAAAGAGGGCCCCUUUGUGCACAUUGCUAGCAUAUGUGCUGCUGUUCUCAGCAAGUUCAUGUCCAUCUUUUGUGGUGUAUAUGAGAACAUACACAGGCAGCUGGAACUCCUGGUGGCAGCUUGCGCAGUUGGAGUUGGAUGUUGCUUCGGGGCUCCCCUUGGAGGUGUUCUCUUCAGCAUUGAAGUCACAUCCACCUACUUUGCUGUCCGUAACUACUGGCGUGGAUUCUUUGCAGCUACAUUCAGUGCCUUUGUUUUCCGAGUCUUUGCUGUCUGGAAUAAAGAUGCAGUCACCAUUACAGCUUUGUUCAGAACAAACUUUCGUAUGGAUUUCCCCUUUGACCUACAGGAGCUGCCAGCUUUUGCUGUAAUAGGGAUCUGUUCUGGAUUCAUGGGAGCAUUUUUUGUUUAUUUCCAUCGUCAGGUGGUUUUGUGUGUCCGUCGGCACACAGCUCUGAGUCAGUUCCUAACCAAAUAUCGGCUCGUAUAUCCAGCGGUUAUAACCUUUGUGAUAGCAUCCCUGACAUUCCCCCCAGGAUUUGGACAGUUUAUGGCUGGAGAGUUGAUGCCCAGAGAAGCCAUCAGCAGCCUCUUUGAUAACUACACUUGGGUAAAGCAUACAGAGGACCCUGCAAUCCUGGGGAAGUCUGCUGUUUGGAUCCAUCCCAAAGUCAGUGUGUUUGUCAUCAUCCUUCUCUUUUUCCUCAUGAAGUUCUGGAUGUCUGUCGUCUCCACCACCAUGCCGAUACCAUGUGGAGGCUUCAUGCCAGUCUUCGUGUUGGGGGCUGCAUUUGGACGCCUGGUGGGCGAAAUUAUGGCCUGGCUUUUUCCUGAUGGGAUUCUCUUUGAUGGUAUUAUUUACAAAAUCUUGCCUGGAGGUUAUGCCGUGAUAGGAGCUGCCGCUCUGACUGGUGCAGUGAGCCACACAGUGUCCACGGCUGUGAUUUGCUUUGAGCUGACAGGUCAGAUCUCCCACAUCCUGCCCAUGAUGGUGGCCGUCAUCCUUGCCAACAUGGUGGCCCAGAGUUUGCAGCCAAGUCUUUAUGACAGCAUUAUCCAAGUGAAGAAGUUGCCCUAUCUGCCAGACCUGGGCUGGAAUCAAAUAAGCAAAUACAAUAUCUACGUUGAGGAUAUUAUGGUGUGUGAUGUCAAAUUCAUCUCCUCGAAUUGCAAAUACCGGGACCUGAAGGAUAUACUUGAAAACACAACUGUCAAGACCUUUCCACUGGUGGACUCCCCAGAGUCCAUGAUCCUCCUGGGCUCAGUGGAGCGGCCAGAACUCCAGGCCCUGGUGCUUCGGCAUCUUAGUGCCGAACGACGUUUGUAUCUCGCCCGGGAAAUGCAACAAAAGCUAGCUGAGUUGCCACAUGUCGGGCAAAGGUGGAAGCACGAAUCAUUUGCUUUUGUGGAUGAGGACGAGGAUGAAGAGGAAAAGACUGAGCUUCCACCCCAACCUCCUUUCAUCUCCAGUUACCCAGAAGGACCCAAUGGCCCAGUGACUCCUCAUAAACCAUUGCCAGAGACACCACAACCUCAACCGACAAGGCAGAGAUUCUGGCGCUUGAGAAGACUGAUGCAGCAACUCCUAUGUCUUUACCACUCUUCUCCUUCAUCAGAGAAAACAGCUGAGCAGGAAGCACCAGAAUUUGGAGACCCAAUGAAGCCAGAGGAGAUAGAAGCUUGGGAGCAGGAGGAGCUAGAGAAAGAGGUCUGCUUCGACAGCUGCCGGAUAGACCCCUCUCCCUUUCAGCUGGUGGAAAGGACAUCCUUGCACAAGACACAUACCUUAUUCUCAUUGCUGGGACUCAGCCAUGCCUAUGUAACCAGUAUGGGGAAACUGAAAGGUGUGAUUGCACUGGAAGAGCUCCAAAAGGCGAUUGAGGGUUCCACAAGCGCUGGUGUCCAGCUUCGGCCUCCUCUUGCAAGUUUCCGUGACACGUCAAACAAGGAGCAGGGGAAGUGGGCCCCACAUAAGUGGAGCAAAGAGAACGCCAGUCCAGCUCCUGAGGGAACCAUGACAGACUCAGGGACAGUGCCCCUCAAUGCUUCUGACCCACAACCAUCUCCCAAUCCCAGUGAAGGGAAGGAGAAACGCUCCACCUCCAUUGCUGAUAUGGAACUGGAAGAAAUUGAGCUUUCUGGCCCUGCUUCUGAGAACAUCUCAGACAUCCUCAGGGACCUCAAUUUGCGUUCCACUGAUGUGGAUGAAGACGAUGACGAUGAUGUGCCACUCUAAUGGUAAAGAAGAGGGGUUCAUCUUGCCUCUACCCCAAGGUACUCCUGCUGUAGAUGUGCUUCAAGGAGAGGCUGUGAAUUGCCUCCCUUUGACCCUAAUGAAUGGUCAUCCAUUCUGGAGAACCUUAGCUGAGUGGACUGGCUUUUCUGCCUGCCACCAUCAGUGGGUGGGCUGUAUGAGAAAUAAAUGGGCCAGAAAAACCCGGGCUUAUA